GAGUAAGCAACGCGGCAAGAGAUAAAAGUCUUUGACAGAGGCUGGCUUCAUCUGAUUGCAGUGUUCCGCGGAGGAGGAGGAGGAGGAGCGAUGAAGAGAAUUUUUGGGGGAAAGAAGGAGGAUCCCCCUCCCACCGUUCAGGACGCCACUGAAACGAUAAAUAAAAGAGGUGAAAAUGUUGAUGAAAAGAUUAGAAAGCUUGAUGCCGAACUCACUAGGUACAAAGAACAGAUCAAGAAGACUCGACCUGGUCCGGCUCAAGAAGCUGUCAAGGCUAGAGCAAUGAGGGUUCUCAAGCAAAAGCGGAUGUAUGAAGGCCAGCGAGAUAUGUUGUACAACCAAACAUUUAACCUGGACCAAGUAGCUUUCGCAGCCGAAGGAAUAAAAGAUGCUCAACAAACAAUGGCAGCGAUGAAGUCUGCAAACAAGGAGUUAAAAGGAAUGAUGAAAACUGUAAAGAUUCAAGACAUAGAUAGCAUGCAAGAUGAGAUGAUGGAUUUGAUGGAUGUGAGUACAGAGAUACAAGAAUCUCUUGGGAGAAGCUACAACGUCCCUGAUGAUAUCGACGAGGAAGAGCUUAUGGGCGAACUCGAUGCUUUGGAAGCAGACAUGGGAACAGAGAUCGAAUCUGAUGCAAUGCCAUCAUACCUCCAACCCGACAAUGAGCCAAAUUUGGAUGCAGAAAUCAACUUGCCCGGAGUCCAACCCAAUCAACAAAAUGCGCAAGCUGAGGAUGAACUUGGCUUACCUGCUGCACCUAAAGCUUCGAUACGGAGUUAGAUAUCAUAUUGUUAACUCAAGAACUAAAUUCUUGUAUCUGCAGAUGUUUGUAUAUUAUCGAAUGUGGCAGACAUGCAUAAAUUAAAUAA